CUCCAGAGUCACUGGGACUACACUUCCCAGAAAGCAUUGCGCGGGGGUGGAUACUGAAGGGAUGCAAUGGCGGAGUCGCUGCCCCUGGAGAUGCUCACAUACAUUCUGAGCUUCCUGCCCUUGUCAGAUCAGAAAGAGGCCUCCCUCGUGAGUCGGGCUUGGUACUGUGCAGUCCAGAAUGCCCUUCGAGAGGCAAAUGUUCGAUACAACAUCCCAGUGUCCUCUGCCUCCCUCCCAGCCAUCAAGAGCUUGGGCCUCAGGGGCAUCUCCAGCAUUAGCCUGACCAACUUGGAUGGCUCCCAUACCUCACAGCAGGUUCUACAAUCUGUUGCCUACCACCUAGGCCCACACCUCCAGAACUUGUGCCUGGGUGGGGGCAGCCCCACAGAGGAAUCCUUUGUGGCUCUGAUCCUAGAAUGCCCAGCCCUGCGCACCCUUGACCUCAGUGGCUGUAAUAGCCUCUUCACAUCUGGCAUGCUGUUGGCUCAGCCUGAGACAGCAGAGAAUGUCCGGCAGGCAUUAAGUGGCCUCUGUGAGCUCAACCUUGCUGGCCUACGAGACUUAAGUGACCUCAGCUUCAACCAGCUCAGCAGCUGUGUCCCCAAUUUGGAGUGCCUCUCCUUGGCCUACUGCCACCUCACCUUCCAGCUAGGUGCAGCUCAGGACCCUGUCAGCCCUCAGGACUCCUAUUUCUCCAAACUCUCUUUCCACAAUGUGCUCCAGUUUAUAAAACAGCGAGUAGGAAGACUGCGUGCCCUGGACCUGAGUGGCACUGGCCUGCCACCUGAGGCCCUGAAGGCUCUGGGUCAGGUGGCUAGGCUACAGCUGCAGGAGCUGAACUUGCACAGCUGUCGAGACCUCUCCACAGAGGCUGUGGUCACCCUGUGCCACCAACAACCAGGACUUACUUCUCUGGACCUCAGUGGCUGCUCAGAACUGACUGAUGGGGCACUCUUGGCUGUGAGCCGGGGCCUGCGGCACCUGCAGCGCCUGAAUCUGGGGAAGCUGCAGCGGCUGACAGAUGCAGGGUGCAGAGCCUUGGGGGGCCUGCAGGAGUUGCGGAGCCUGGACAUGGUUGAGUGCUGCCUGGUGAGUGGGCAGGGACUGGCCCAGGCCCUGGAUUCAGUGCGUGGAGCACCACCUCCACUGACCACCCUCAGGCUGGCCUACUGUUCUUCAUUGAAGGAUGCCUCAGUGCUCUCUGUCAUCUCAGCACUGAGUCUGAGCCUCAGGGUGCUAGACUUAUCUUCCUGCAUGGCUCUCACCAACCGGACCAUACAGGCUAUCUGCACCUACCUCACCCACCUCUCAGUCCUGCGCCUGGCCUGGUGCAAGGAGCUCCAAGACUGGGGACUUUUGGGGCUACAGGAACCAUCUGAGGAACCUGCAUGUGGUCCUCAGCUGCACCCAGAGCUGCAGAAUCAGGCUUCAGAGCCUGAGAACCCCUUUCUCAAGCUGCAGGGCCCCUCCCUGCUCAUGCUGCAGGACCUUCAGGAAUUGGACCUCACAGCCUGCAGCAAGCUGACUGAUGCUAGUCUGGCCAAGGUGCUCCAAUUCCCCCAGCUGAGGCAACUGUCACUGAGCCUGCUGACAGCGCUCACAGACAUCGGUUUGGUGGCUGUGGCCAGGGGCUGCCCUAGCCUGGAGCGCUUGUCCCUGAGUCACUGCGCCCACCUCAGUGAUGAGGGCUGGGCCCAGGCGGCUGUGUCCUGGCCCAGGUUACAGCACCUUGACCUAUCCAGCUGCAGUCAGCUCACAGAACAAACGCUGAACACCAUUAGGCAGGCAUGCAAGCAGCUCCGAGUACUGGAUGUGGCCAUGUGUUCUGGUAUCAAUGUGGUGGCUGUCAGGCGCUUCCAAGCCCAGCUGCCUCAGGUGACAUGUGUCCAGUCUCGCUUCGUGGGAGGGGCUGACCUGACACUGACACUCUGAGGCCAGGUCAGUAUCCAGCCCUGCAGCUCCCCCUUCACCCCAUAACCGCAGCAGAGUUCCGGACCUGGGGUUUGCUCCAGUGCCUCUUGCCUCCCUCCGCUAUAGACUCCUUGUCUAGGAAUGGGGGCGGGACCAACCCAAGGCAGCCAGGGGAUUUCCUGCCCACAGCUGGGCAGUAGCCUAUCCAGCUACCUGUCACUACCACAGACCCCUGGAAAUGCCAGCUACACAUCGCUGCCACAAGUUCCUUCUGUGCUCCAACUGUUCUCUUGGGGCAUUCUUCCAGUUCCAGCAAGCACCAAGCUUUAACAGCCACAUUAAUUUUACUGUAAACCCAAACUAGAUUAAAAUUUCCAGACCUUGUCUUUUGUCUAAAGUUCCCUUCAGCCCCCUCACCUCCCCACCUCAACUGACCCAAUACUCCCCACAGGGGCCCCCAUACUGUUCUCAGGGCUGUUCCACACUGGCCUAGCUCAACCAGGUGCCAGCUUCUUCCCCACAUGGUAGCAGGCUCCAAGGCCGUUCCCUGCAUAACACCCUGACAUGCAAAGGUCUUUGUCUCAAGCCAGACCCCAGAGGAACUGACUGAUGAUGCUUCAUUCAGUGAGGAUGUCUUGAAAUGGACAAGGGAUAGGGGAAGCAAUAGGACACAGCUUUACUGGGUGGGAGGGUCAUUAGAGGUCAUGCAGCUCAACCCCCUAAGUUGAGUGAGUUCUCAAAAGCAGCUCUGACAAAGUCUGUCCAGCUAGUCUUCCAUGUAUUCCCACACUAUCCAUUUAUCAGCUCAUCAAUUCUAGGAGCAGUGAGCUGGUACUCUUAGGUACCCAUAGGUAAGCACUGUGCUUCACAUGGGGAUUUAGGGAUACAAAAGCUCUCCUGGGUUCUGGGGAGGCAAAUAAGUCAACAGACAGUCCAAUGCACAGGAUGUACAGUGUACAAAUAAGUAUCUGGGGCCAGGACAUCAGUGAACUUGACCUACAGGGUCAAGGAAGGAAUCAAGGCAGUGAAAAACAGGCAUAAGGGAGGGAAGGGGAGCAAUCCAGGCAGCAAGAGGUAUGGAUGUGCACAUGGGCGGCCAGAGCUGGCACUUGAAGGCGGGUAGAGAGGAUGUCAGCGUGGAUCAAGAACCAAACCUUGGACACAGGAUCUCAGCUGGCAAGGCUAUGUCACAAAACGUAUUCAAACCAUCCAGCUCAACAUAGUGCUCAAUCAUGGUAACCUGCACUGUACCCAAGGACUUCGGAACACACUGAAUACAGAGAGAGAGAGAGAGAGAGAGAGAGAGAGAGAGAGAGAGAGAGAGAGAGAGAGAGUGUGUGUGUGUGUGUGUGUGUGUGUGUGUGUGUGUGAAAUCAUAUCCAAGUUAUGUUUGGGAAAGCAGCUGUAGCAGUCAGUAUUGAGAUGAUUGGAGGAACAAGACUAAAGAUUGGCAUGGGCAAGGGACUAGACACUGAGGAGGAAGAACCGACAGUACUGUCAGAUUUAACAGGUUUUGGAAUCCCUGCUCUUGAUUUCUACCUUGAACUCAACAGCAGACAGUUCUAAGUGUGGUGGGAAGUCUUGGAACCGGUUGCCUGAGGAUCAGAAGUGUAGCUGAGGGAUGACAGGCAAGUGCUACCCCAGCACAUUCUCUAAAACAGUUGGUCAUUUCAUCAAAGACUGAUGGUUAACGCUGUGAAACCAUAGUUUCAGAGGAACUGGGAAGUGUGAGUGGCAUGGAGAAGGAAGUCAGGGUGGAGGCAGCUUGGAACCUCCCUGUGAGUCCUCUGGGAUGGUGUGAUCAUUUUUGCCCCUGAAUCUGUGGUCACAGCUUGACUUCUAGCUGAGCCAAACAGCCCUUGGCACUUCUGUCCUCAGGCAGUCUGGCUAUAUCUAGCUCCCAACUCAUGCACACUCUUGAUUUGGGUUUUAAUCUGAACACAGGGCUUCCUGCACAAAAUUCCCGCUUGUUGACAUACCCCAGAUGUUCCCACCAGACUGAGGAUGCCCUUGGGAAUCUAAAACUUGCCCUUCAGCAGAAAGCAGGCCCAGCUUCACAUCUCUCUCUUCACGCCUUUCUCCAGAAGUUACAAGUCCCACAGAGGACACAGGACAUUGUCAAGCAGGGUUAGGGACUAAAAUCAGAUUAUCAGAAGCCUUCUGAAAGCAUGGCUUCCAGACUAUCAGUGCCAGCCAGGAAGACAUCAAUUUGGGUAUUUCCUCCUACCCUACUUCUCCCUGAUCUAGUGCCCACAGACCAUAGACCAUCUCUCUCUGCAGGCCCAGAACUGAAGAAGGCAGAAGACUCCUCUCAGACAGUAGGGCAAUAGUUCCCGCCUGGCCCCACUUGCCUCAGAACACCAGUGCCCCAAAUUAGCUGUCAAGUCUGUGGUCCCACUGAUGUCUUAUUUCAUUCACUAGCUAAGUUUGAAGACAGAAAGGGAUGCCUUUCCCUGUCUGUCACAGGAUUGGCCCACAAGGUUCAGAGCUGGCUUGACACAGUACCUAAAGAGCCAAGCAGACUUUAUUUCUGCUGCAUCCUUUGCUAUUCAGGGUGCCUGUGCUUCUCUAUCUUCCACCUUUUGCAGCUGUUGUAACUGUAGCAGCAGCAGCAGCAGCUGUAGUUAACCUUGGCUAACCUCACAGUCAAGGUUCAGCAAUGGUGCAAUCAUAGCAGAAGUUGAAGUUGGUGGGUGGUGGGGGCACAGGUGGUGGCUGGUCAGGGAUGGGCACAUUUUCCAGGUCCAACAGCUGCAGCUUGGUCUCCAUGGUCAGCAGCUGCUCUAGAUCCAGCCGGGUCUGCUCGCUGCCCAUGGGGCUACCCAGCAGGGCACUCAGCCCAUCUGUCCAUAGGUGGAACUGGGGACAGAUGGGGCCAAGUCAUGAGGGCCUGCUCAUCUGUGCCCUCAUCCAUCAGCCCAACUCAGCCUGGCCCUGAUACUCACAUCUCGUUUGGAGGGGGCAAUGAAGUUGAGGUAUGCCUCUUCCUCACCACGGUCAUAGCUGAUGGAGAAAGCCAACUCAUAGAGGUCCUAGGGAAGCAAUCAGCAGACACAUUUAGCAGCGAACGGGGCAGGCAGGAAGGAGCCCCUGCUCCACAGCACUCACCUUGUUCUGCUUCCCAGAGCCCUUCUCCCGGACAUGGGGGCAGUCCUUCCCCGUCAGGAGUGCCCUGAUGUCGGCCACAGGGACUGCAGGAAGAAGACUGGGCUGACCACUGGGACCCUAGGCAGCCCCAGGGCAUGGGGUAUCUGGGGAGAGUGGCUCUGCCAUUCUUACGCUGCUCAGGCAAGUUCUCUGGGGUGGGUGCGCCAGUGCCUUCCUCUACAUCACCAUACUGAAGCACCUUGUGGUUGGGGGACAAGCAGCAGAACCACAGCUUGUCUGCGUGGAGAAUGGGGAAGAGGGUAGGCGUGAUGAAAAGGGCCUGGACCCCAAUCCAGCCAUGACCUACCCCUCCUUGGUCCCCUCAGAGACCCUGGCGUCUUCGGCUGCUGAUCUUGUGGAAAAGUGUCCCUUCACUGAGGCGGAGCAAACGCUGUUGGCGGAUUAGGCCCAGGAGCUCUGGCUUUAGCUUCUCCCGCAGCUCCCUGGAUGGGAGGUGGGGGGUCACUAAUCAGGAAGGCCCUGGGACAUGGCCUACAGGACACUUGGGAAGGUAUAAGCUAGGACUGCGGCUCUAUCCCAGCAACUCACAAUAUGGGAGGAGCCAGUGUGCCUUCCUGGUGUAGCCGCUCUGUCUGCCGCAGCCGAAGCACCUCAGCAUAGGUAAGUGCAUUCACCUUGGUACGGAACAGCUCCAGGGAGGUGGGCUUCAGGGCCAGGGUUCGGGCCAGCUGCUCCCGUACCACCUGCAUGACCUGAGGCCACCUCAAGCUCAGUGCAGGGCCCAAGCUCCAGACCCCUGCCCGAACAGUCCUCUGCCUUGGCUUCCCAGCUCUCAUCCCGCUCACCUUGUCAAAAUCCUCCUGUGUGGCCCGCAUCUCCUUCCAGGUCUUAUUCAACAGCUGGAUGGCCACACAGAAGAGCUCAUGGAAGCUCUGGUCUUGGCUGAAGAACAUGGGUGAGAAGUCCUGGGCUGUCUCAGAGCCUGGAGUGGGGGGGCAGGAGUGGCUCAGGGAGAAAGCGUGUAAAGCCCCUGGCCCUCUCUGCCCUUCUGUCCCCUGUCCCUGGACACACUGUGCCCAGCCCUACUCACAAGGUUCCCCAACAUGGAGCAGCUCACACAAGAGUAAAGUCAGCUGGAUGCUGCUCCGGGCAAAGGGGCACUCAUGCUUGUCUUCCCGACUGCUGUUCUCUAAUACAAACUAGGAUAGCAGGAGCAGAGAAUGGGGCAGUCUCAGCUAAGCCUCUGGGGACCCUGCCCAGGCAGGCUGUUGCUGUCUUUCCUUCCCAACUUGCCACUGACCCGGCUGUAUGCACUGGGCGCUUGUCUGGAGAAGAAGAGCAUGUUGUCAAGGGCCAGCAGGCCGGGGGGCACACGCUCCAGGUCCUGUGCUGGGUUGCUGUUCUGCAGGUGGGGAGAUAGGAGCACACGCAGCUCAGGACUGCAGCUCCUAGAUCCACAGCCUGAGGGAGGUUGGGGUGGAGAUGUUGGUAGGGGUCACUCACAGAGAAGCCCAGUUUGCGGAACUCUCGAGCACAGAGGGAACGGCGACGGUCAGCACUCAUUCCAGUGCCCAAGGACUCUCCUUCUGACUCAAAUGCAGCCUGGCGUAGGGCUUGGAGCUGGUCUCGCUGUUCCUGGGGUCAUUGUUGGUAAGGGAGAGUGUCAGGAUAUCGGGAUCAUAUAUUCUAGAUGGGGUUGGAGCUCAGUGGUGAAGCAUUGGCCUACCAUGUGUGAAGAGCUGAGUUCAAACCCCAGUCCCUCACACAGAUUCAAAGCCAAGUCCCAGCCACCAUCUGCCUGUGUCCUCGCCAAAGACAUACCUGGCUGUAGGGGUCAAUUGGUGUCCGCAUACGUGGCUCCAAAAGCCCCAGUGUAAGGGCCUGCAGCACAUACAGAUGAUGGGCCAUCUCAUCACCCAGUGGUGCUGCACUAUGGAUGAUAUUCUGGAAGACAGGUGGGCUGUGGGCUUGCUGGGAGAGGAACCAUGGGUAGGGUUUCCCUGGGCCAAUCCUUCCUACCUUGUAGAUGAACUGACGAAGGUUCCUUUGCCAUAGGUAAUCCAGCAUUUGCUGAGGUAGAUGGGAAGGGAACUUAGGUGAUUUAGCUCCAAGUGGAGCAGAAUGUCCAUCAGCUGCCAUCUCCCCAUCCAGGCACUGAGUGAACACUCACCUUACGUUCAGCAUGGCUGGCCCCCUGCAGCAAGGCUGUCAGUAAUGCCAUAGCCUUGGUUUGUAGCUGCUGGUUCAUCCUAUGCAAAGAAGUGGGCAGGGUUCAACUGAACAUCCAGGGUCCAUCCCUGCUCCCUGGUCUAUACCCCAGCCCAGAGCCUUACACCUGCAGAUGCACCAGCAGCCUAUCCAGUGGCACUUCACUCUUGACCAGCUGGCCUAGGGCAGGGCUGCUUAAAGUCACACUCUCCAGCAGCCGGAGGGCCAGAGGCUGCACAGAGGCAUCCAUCAGGUUCAUGUUCACAUAGCACACCACCUGUGACAGAGGUAGGAGGGUUGCCCCCACCUUGCCAGCAUGGACAGUCAGAUCCUGGCUGCCCUACUGCCCCCAUCCACUGCCCUUAGAAAAGUCCACCCACCUUCCUGACAAAGGGGAUGCUGAGUGUCUCCCAGGAUACCACGCCAUGCUCCAUGAGCUCCAAGAAGGCCCUCAGCCCAAGGGCGAGCACCUCCCCUAGGCUGGGGAUUGGGGGAGACAUCUGGGCUGAGCAGGACCAGACCAGGAUCCCAAGCCCCAUCAUGUCCCCCCUAGUCCACUACACCCCUGUGCUCACUCGUCCCCGUCCUCAAUGAUUGUGCCCAGUCUCUGAAGCCCAUCACGGCUGAUGACCUCCUGGGCAAAAGUCAUGUCUGAGGCCAACAGGACGAGAUGCUUCAGGGCUUCCCGGCGACCUUCAUGACUUGCACUCUGCAGCCCACCCAACAGCCGCUCAGCUUCAAGGUCCUGGCCAGGGUGGGAAUGGAACUGAAAUGAGGAGGCUGGACAGAAAGGGGGUAGAUGUCCACUAGGUGGCGCCCUGCUGGCCUGGUGCCAGGGCCUGCAGACCUGGGGCUGGGGGCCCACAGACUGAAAGGGGCACCGCGGAGGGGCAGUCAGAAGAAGGGCGGGGCCAAGAGGGACAUUACUGGGGCAGUGCUGAGACACAGGAUACUGCCAUUCUUGAUCUCCCCACGGUUCUGGAAGAAAGAGGAUAAAGGGGAACCAAGUCAAUGAGCGCUUAGAAGGAAUGGCCAGCUGGAUAGUCUUGAGGGUCUGGGGGUCAAGAAAAAGAAAGUUCACAUUUGGGUAAGAGGAGGAUGAGUCUUUGGAAUCUGGGCGGGGGGCGGAGGAUCCAUAGGGAGGCCUGUGGGGCGGGGGAGGGGACUCACAUUCUCGGUGAUAUAUCUCUUGUGCCCGUCAGCAAACUGCAGGGCAUAGCGCUGGGAGUGAGUCAGGCUCCACCUGUAGGGCGCGGAGCUCAGGGAGGCUGCCAGGGGCACCUCGGCGCCCGCCCCUCCCCCACCCCGGCCCAGUCCUCCACACUCACGCGUCGCACACCUCCUUCAACACAGCGGCCAGGGGCUUUGCCUGCAAAUGGAGCUGUCAUUUAUAGAGCGGGACUGGGAUUCUAUUUGGAUGGGGGAACCCGAGGGAGGGGUAGAGUUGGCUGCCCUGAGAGGGAAGGGAAAGACCUAGAAGUGGGCAGCGGGACGCACGGGGGCCGGACAGGCCGAGUGACCUGGUCCAACUGGAUGAGCUGCGGGAUGGCGUCACGCAUCUGGACAGCAAUCUUCACCACGUUCCGCGGGGGCGCCAUGCUCCAGAUGGCCGUGAGUGCCUGCGCUUUCCAGGAGCCGCACCACGUCCUGCCCAGGGAGCACCUAUUCAGGGGCCUCUAGAGACAAGGCGUCUCUGUGACCUGGUCUUGGUGCCUCGCAGUUAAUGCCAGAAGUUGCCUCUCGUGGCCAGACGCCGCCGCCUUCCCAGGGAGCCAAGGUUAGUUCCGGGUUGGAGUCUUGGGAGCUGGAGAGUGGGAUGGCGCCUGUCCUGCUCCGCCCCACCAGAAGCCCCGCCCCAUGCCAAGGUGCAGCAGGUGGGGGCAGGGAGGGCAGGUUGCCCCACCUCCCAUUCCAGCAAGGAGACCCACCCAGUCCCGCCACCAAUCCAGCACUAUCCCAGGAGAGGCCCCAAAGAACCAGAUCAGAGAUAGCCUUAGGCAUGGUCUUUAUUCAAUCGGAUACUGUACAAAUAUUACAAUUUUCUUUUGCUGCAAAAAGUAUAAAAAUAAUCUUUAUAUAGGAAUUCAUUCAGUUACUGUAAAUCUUUCUAAAUCUUUGUAAAUGGCUCUAAAUAUGAGUAAAUGAAUAAAUGGAAAUAAGACAGCA